GUGUUACACUGCAUCCAGCGAUGAGGGACGGAAUGCUUUGAUGUGUUCCAUUAAGUGUGACAGAGUUGCCUCUUCGUCCCUUGCGCAGGAAAGGAUUAAGCGCACGUUUCGUAAGAAACAUACGUCAAAUUAUUGCUGGCCUUUUUCAAAGUUCGAAGUCAGAGAAGGUUUUUAUACCAUAAACUCUAUUGGGUUUGAUCUCGAUCCUGCUGUAACGGUUAGAUUGUCAUGAUGGAGGCUGACAUCAAGCUAGUCUACGAGCAGAGGUUCAAUGCUGCUGUCAAAGUCAUCCAGAAUUUACCUUCAAACGGUUCAUUUCAGCCUUCGCAUAACAUGAUGCUGAAAUUUUAUAGCUACUACAAGCAAGCGACACAAGGCCCCUGCAACAUUCCCCGUCCAGGAUUCUGGGACCCCGUUGGAAAAGCCAAAUGGGAUGCGUGGAAUUCUCUUGGGGAAAUGCCAAAGGAGGACGCAAUGGCGGCCUACGUGGAAGAUUUGAAAAUGAUCCUGGAAAGUAUGCCUGUAACAGAUGAGGUCGAGGAGCUUCUGCGGGUCAUUGGACCCUUCUAUGAGCUCGUUGAUGACAAGAGAAAGAUAACGCAAGUGUCCGAGUUGAGCACAGGAUUUGGGAGCAUGCUAACUUCACCACCCAAAAGUGUCACAAAAAGCAUCAUCAGGACGAUGGAGAUGAACGGCAGCCUGGACAGUUACCCCGUCAAAACCGCAGAAACUCCAAAGACUAAAUCAACAGACACGGAAGACGGAGAAGAUGAUAAUGAGGAGGAAGAGGAGAAAGAUGAAGAAGAGGAGGUUAAAGAAGUGAAGAAAGCCUCACAACCAAAGAAAAGGGCUUCUGCGGGGAGACCUAGAGAACCAUUUUCUAAUGGGAGUAUGAGCCAACAUAAAGUCCUUACCAAUGGAGCGCACGAGUCUAAGUCUGAUCUGAAGAGGCAGGAGUCAGAAGAAGACUCUGAAAGCAUCAACCACAACAGAGACGUCAUUGAGCUCAAUGGACACAUCAGAGAAGACGUGUCCAGUUCUCACCAUGUGGCCAGUGAUUCGGACAGUGAGGUGUUCUGUGACUCUGUCGACCAGUUUUGUGGAGAAGAAGGAUCUGAGCUACACGUCAGCCGCUCACUGGACGUGGCCGAGGAGAGCCACAGCACACUGUCCUCCUCAGGAGAGAUCAGAUCACAAGAGGAACUGCUGGGACGGGAGGAAGGCGUACAGCACGGCGGAGAAGACGGUUGGAGCAGCAGAGGAGGUUCUCAGAGACAGGGACUUCCUGUGAAUAGAAGUAACAGUUCUGUGGUCAGGAGGGAAAGAGGGUCCAGGUCACCUGCCUUGGGCUCCGGGUCAGCGGGGCCGCAGCAGGGCAGUGGGGGAGAUGGGGAGCGCUGGGGGGCGGAUGGAUCUGUAACACAGAAUCUAAACGAACAGAUAAUCUGUGCUCUGGCCAGACUGCAGGACGACAUGCAGAGUGUCUUAGAGAGGCUACACACGCUGGAAGCUCUCACAGCCUCGCAGGCCCGAUCCUUAGCACUGCCAUCAGACUACUUGUCACCACCUGCAAAUAAAGCGAAGAAGAAGCCAUCCUGGUGGCCUUUUGAUGUGUCUCCAGGAACUGUGGUCUUCGCAGUCAUCUGGCCGUUCGUGGUGCAGUGGCUCAUCCGUCUGUAUGUGCAGCGCAGGAGAAGGUUUGGAUCAUCUUGUUGCAGAAGAAUCAACUGAAAGGAAUCGACUGAUGGUUCGACAUCUCUGGAGACCCAGAGGAGAACCGUGUUACACUUUUAGGAGGAGGAGGGUGUUUCCCAGCCUGUCCCGUGAUCCCUAACUCCUGCUUUUGCACUAUGAUGACAACGCUAAGAAUUAGCUAAUUGAAAGACAGAUUCAAUGUACGGCGAUGCAGCUUAUCACAAGCUUUUUGGUACUUAUUGUUUUUUAAUGCAACAAUAUGCUAAGUCAGGAAUACACGAUUUCGAUAAUUAAUAGUCUUAAUUUUCCUUAUAGUUAUAAAAAUCCUGUAAAUAAAAAUCCAUUAUUAAGGGCAUUAUAAUAACUUUCAUGUCGAGGAUCUAUCAUUCAGUGUUUUGCACACUUAGCUGCUAACUCUAGUAAAUACUACUGUAGCAAUGCGUAGGAUGCACUGAUGAAUACAGCACAGGAGAUUUCUGCUUGAAUAUCUAUCGGAUUCUUGGCAUGUUUAGCAGAAAAAAGGUUUGAACUGUAAUGGGAAUAAAUCAGGAAGUGAUCUGCGGUGCUCUUUAAAGCCAUAAUAAGCUUAAAAUGCUUAUGGAGUUGACCCUUGUUUGGCAAAUCUGAAGAAAGGGUCAGAAGGCAAUGUAGAAAACUUCUAUGUUCUUCAUCCGCUCAACAUCCCAUCAUUAUCCCUGGAAAGAACGGACCUAUCCGGCUCCCUCUAAUGUGUGUAGACACUGAGCAACAGGUCUUAAAUAUGUCUGAACGUCACUGGCUUAAAGGAAUAGUUCAGCU